UCAAGUUGCAAUAUUCGUUAAUAUGUUAUUAGUUUCCAUGGUAACUGAUAUGCAAACGACAACUGUCUGAACGUAGUUGUAAACUGUAUCGUGAUUUGAUUUAACUUAUUUCUGUGCUGUAAAUAUGCGUAGUAUGUCGUGACAGCUUGUGAAAUGGAGAGUAGUGACUGACAGUUUCGUGAUAGAUUUGUGAAGAUGAGUAAUUAUACAGAAGCAGCUGAAGCAGUUCGUAAAAGUGGGCAUCUACAAUCACCCUCUCAUGGAAAAGUACCAAAAUGGCUUGAAGACAUGACUGACAGUGUACAAAGAAAUCAACCUAGAUCAUGGAGGCUUUCUCAUGAGGACAUGAACAAUGGAGUUACCUCACUGCUGGACAAUUUGCACCUAGAACAUGAUCAUCUUUCAAGUGAUGAAGAGGUGAUGAUGCUACCACGUAACAGCUCUGCAAGGCAUGGGAGACGAGCUGUGUCAUCCCUCGGUACGAGGUCAGCAGGCAACAGUCCGAGGAAGCCUUCACAGCGUUUAUCAUCUUUGGGAGGAGAGGAAUGGGUGGACAUUGUUGUGCCAUCUAAUAUUACAAAUCAACAGAAGUCAUUUCUUGAACAUGCCUCUUCAGGUCACCAUCUGUUGUCCAGAAAUGCAGCUUCUGUCGGUACAAAUUCCAGAGAUGGAAGAAAACCUUCAUUGGAAGAAUCUUGGAGUUCUCUCAGUUUCUUUGAUAAAAGGCAUAAGGGACGGCUGACAGAGAAAGCAGAGGAUGAACUGAUUUCACCAGCUGGUUCUGACACAAUGAACGGAAGCCUGUCUCCAGAAGGCGACACGGAUUAUAGUGGCAGUUCUCAUUCCAUAAACAGCUCUGACUCUGACUUUAUCAUUCCGAAACUCCCUUCAGGUUCCAAAAUGGAGCUAAAUAUUCAUUCAACUUGGGGUGACAGACAUUAUCUUGGCCUGAAUGGUAUUGAAGUGUAUAGCAGCACAGGAGAGCCUGUGACUAUAGCCAAGAUCUGGGCUGAACCUUCAGAUAUCAAUGUGUUACCAGAAUACAUCAAUGAUCCUCGAGUAGUAACCAAUCUGCUGGAUGGCGUGAAUAGGACGCAUGACGACAUGCACCUUUGGCUUGCACCUUUUACUAAAGGUGCCAACCAUUAUAUACAUCUGCUUUUUAAACACAAGUUUCAAAUAGCCAUGAUUAGGAUAUGGAAUUACAAUAAAUCAAGAAUUCACUCUUACAGAGGCGUAAGAGAUGUUGACAUCACACUGGAUGGAGUGACAAUAUUUCGUGGUGAAAUAGCACGUGCUUGUGGUGGGAUCUUAGGUGGAAUGGAAGCUUUUGGAGAUACAAUUCUAUUCACCACAGAUGACACAAUACUUGAAUUGAUCUCACAGUAUGAUGAAUCAUUUUGCACUCUGCUUAGUCAGGCUCAGCAAGAUGUUGAAAAUUACCGUGUGGAAAGACCAAUUACUGCAGACAAUGGUGAUGAACGGCCAUUUACAUGUGCCGGGUCACAUUCUGAUAAUUUAUCGACAGUUGACAGAUAUCCUGGCAUCCUUUUGGGAGGACAGAAACUGGAAAUCAGCCUCAUAGCCAACUGGGGACACUCUGCACUCAUAGGACUAACAGGUUUGGAAGUCCUGGGAGAUGAAGGCUCAGUUAUUCAUGUGGAACCCCAGUACCUGCAGUGCAGUGUUCUGUCACCAGAUAUUUACAGGAUAGUAGAUGGAGUGAACAUGACCACAAAUGAGGAUCAUAUGUGGAGCACACCAUUCCUGGAUGGUGACAUGAUUGUUCUAACCAUCAGUUUCCCAGUUAUUGUGUAUAUUGCUGCUCUCAGAGUCUGGAAUUACAACUACACUGCAGACCUCACUUACUGUGGUGUUAAACUGGUGACAGUACAUUUAGAUGGAAAGCUUGUGUCUCCUGGGACAGAAGGAGUCCUCACACUUCGUCGUGCACCAGGGAACUGCCACUUCAACUUUGCUCAGGAUCUUAAUCUGUCAGAACAGCCACCCUAUAGUUCCGCUGUCAAUACCAACAGUGUCCAUCAGAGUGCUGUGUAUGAUGGACAAGCCUAUUACUCUAUGCCACAACCUUCGACUAACAAUUGUUAUGAUGACUGCCAUCUUGGACUUCCCAUAGUAAAACUCUCCCCCCCACGUGGUUCUGGUGAUGGUGAUGAAGAGAGACCAAGUUUAGUUUCUCAUCUUUAUUCUUCCAUUACUACUAGCAGUAUACGUAAUGAAGAAUAUGGAUCUGUGAGGAGGAACUCAUUAGUUGUUGCAUCACCACACAGUGAGAGUGGUCUCAUGUCGGAGGAUGAGGAAUAUGAAUCACCAGUGAUGCCCCAGGGGUUUGUGUUCCAGUUACUUAUACUCUCGACAUGGGGAGACCCGUACUAUGUGGGACUCAAUGGACUGGAACUGUAUGAUCAGGAUGGGUACAAGAUGAGACUGACAGAAAAUAACAUUGGAGCAUAUCCAGACAGUGUGAAUAUACUAGAAGGAGUAAGUGGUGAUGUACGAACACCCGAGAAGUUGGUUGAUGGCGUGAAUAACACUUUGGAUGGUCGCCAUAUGUGGCUAGCUCCCAUUCUUCCAGACCAGUUGAAUCGAGUAUACAUUGUGUUUGACUACCCUGUAACUGUGUCCAUGAUAAAGCUGUGGAAUUAUGGGAAAACUCCCAGUCGAGGUGUUAAGGAAUUUGGGAUACUUGUAGAUGACCUGCUGGUGUACAAUGGUGUCCUUGAUAAGGUUUCAGGAAUCUCAAAGAUGUCAGUUGAAGUUCCUUACAGAACUGUCCUGUUUACAGCAGAUAAAGAAUUACUGAAGAGGGAACACAGUACUCAAAUUCGGUGUAUGAUGAAGAAUAAGGAGAAGAUAAGGUUAGGGUAUUCUAGGAACAGCAGUUAUGGUUAUGGUGUUCAACUACUUAAUGACCACCAGAGAGUGACAUCAGGUGGAUCAUGCAUCUCUGCAGAUCAGUCGCAGCGGCCCCAUACUUCCCUUGUUCCAACCACACGUAGCAGAAGCCUGCAUGACAUGUGACUACUUGCCUCUUGUAUGAUUAUGUUGGGUGUGCAAGUCUGCUGAGGACUCAGGUAUACCAGGUUCAACUCCCAUGUCACAUCACAUCAUUGUUUACACUGGCAUAUAUCUUACGUGUACGGCUUCGAUCAUAGUCUUGGUCUGUUAAUAAAAUUAGAAAUGAAGUGACAUACACAGAUUUUAAAAUGAUUUGGUCAAAAUUUUUUAGGAACAUGGACAGCAUGAAGGCAUUUAUAGCACCUCUGUUUGGGCGAACAUUUUAAGUGGAUUUAUCGUAUUACUCUAUUCUUGUUCAUUGCUAAUGUCUGUGAAAUUGAGUAUUUCAUUACAGUUUACAUUCUUGUUAGGUUCUUCUAGAAGUAUUUACUUGAAGUUACAUAUUUCAAAAUCAAUUUUUAUAAGUAUACGACCAAUUUAUGAAAACAAAUUUAGGAGUACUUAUGCUUCAUUCCUGAGACUGUCACAUAAAUGAACAUGUUGAAUUUUUAUGUAGUUGAAAAAUGUGUUAUAUUACUGACGUGAUAAAGAGGGGCAGACAGUCUGGGUAUGUAUUGGAUGUCAUUAGGUUUGUUUUGAUAUACCGUAUGUACAUAACACAUACCAUUAUUCUUUUCACAAAAAAUAGCCAUUUCCUUCCCCCCUUUUAAAUAUAUGUUUCAUGUGUUAACAUGCACCUUAAUUUUAAGAAUGAAUAGUUUUGAAAUAGCUGCGUUUAUUAACUAGCUGCUUUCAAUGAUGGAGUGAUGAUUGUGUUGAGCUGUUGAUCUCAUGCAUAAAGAGAUUAAUAAAAGUGGCCAUAUAUACUGCAGGAUUUUGGCUUGUUAGCUUCCACUGUCAUUUAUCUUGACAUUUUUUAUUGAAAAUUAACUGUAAUAAUUUCAAGAUGUAAGCUGCUAAAACUGCUUUGUGUGUGUAUUAAAUUAGAGACUGUUAAUGAUCUGAAAAUGAAGAAAUGAUCUAACGUACCGUCACGUAGUAUGCAAUUAUGAAAACUAGGUUAGGAAUCAAACAUAUCUGUCCUUUUUAAGAAUAUGUAAGUUGGUUAAAGAGAUUUAUAUUACGUCUGUCAAGUAUGACAUUUGUGUCCAUAUAUUAAAAUUUGCCUUUUUUGCAUAUUAUAAAAAAUAUUUGAAACAGAA